AAGUCUUUUAAAAGUAUGUUUACAAAUGUAUUUGAUAUUUAUUUAGGAAUAUCUUUCCUCACCGUAUUAGUUUUCUAUCUACCCUCGGACUCAGGAGAAAAGGUAACCCUGUGUAUAUCUAUCCUGUUAUCCUUGACAGUGUUCUUCCUUCUACUAGCUGAGAUAAUCCCACCAACUUCACUAGCAGUUCCUCUUCUAGGAAAAUAUCUGGUUUUUACCAUGAUGUUGGUAACAUUAUCAAUCUGUGUUACUGUCACCAUUCUCAACAUUCACUUCAGGACCCCAGCUACCCAUAAUAUGCCAGGGUGGAUGAAGCAAAUCUUCUUGAAGUUUCUACCAAGGAUUCUCAUGAUGAGACGCCCAGUUUAUAAUCCGCAAUAUUCAGCUGACUAUCCAGACUUCUCACCUAAAAAGCGGAAACCGUCCCCACCCGAUCAAAAUUCCAAGUCUGUUCAAGUUGGAAACCAUUUUGGAUAUAGGGGACUCAAGCAUGAAGCGGACAAAAAAUCAUUAGAAACACAGGAGUCGAUUGCGUUCAUAUCUGGUUGUGGUUUCGAGUAUAAAGAAGGAAAAAAACUGGCGGAUAUUAAGGUAUGUUACCAAGAGCCCAGGCUUGGUAGUGCACAGCAAUGCAUGUGCAGGAAGUAUGAGAGACCCCAAUGUAGGAAUUACAAGCAUGACAUUUUCAAAUAUCAUUUGUACCAGGCCUGUGAACUCAUAACAGGUGAUAAAUAUGAGUCUGGUUUUCAUGAAGACAGUUUUGAUUCCAACUCAAGCAACUCCUCUAUUCAUCAUUUUAGUCCUGAUGUAGAUCUUGCAAUUCAAGGAGUCCAGUUUAUAGCUCAUCAUAUCAGAAAGACAGAUAAAGAUAGAGAGGUGAUAGAAGAUUGGAAGUAUAUCGCUAUGGUUCUGGAUCGACUAUUUCUCUGGCUGUUCACCCUAACUUGCAUAUUAGGUUCCAGUGGAAUAAUAUUAACUGCUCCCUCUCUAUACGAUAUAAGAGAACCAAUAGAUGCUAAGCACACAACUAUCGGCUUUUAAUUCAGAAUACAGAGUCAUUUGAAUAUUAUCAAAGCAAAUGUUCUUCCAGAAUAUUUAAAACAAAAAUAAUAUUUUAAAUGAAAAUUUGGGCCCACCCGUUUAAUAUUAUUUUACAUUGAAACAAUGAAAUGUUCCAACUUCCACCAGGAAUAAAAAAAUUAUCAGGAGUUACAUCUGAAUAGUCAAUCUUUGUAAGAAACCCUGUGCUUAAAAUUACGUGCUAUAAAAAUAUUUUAUUCUCUAUUUUUAUCGAUAAAUAGGAUGUGACAAAUACGUAAACGUUUACUUCUGAAAAUAAAUCAAUUGUUUCCGAUAAAAAAAUAAAUAU